CCGGUUUUGGGGGAAGGGAGCCGGGGCAGCGCUGGGGCAGCGCUGGGCCAGCCGGGGGUCGCAGCUGGGAAGGCGGACAAACGCCCGCCCCGAGAUGACCCGCCACGGGAAGAACUGCACGGCGGGAGCCGUCUACACCUACCACGAGAAGAAGAAGGACACGGCGGCUUCGGGCUACGGGACCCAGAAUGUGCGUCUGAGCCGCGAUGCCGUCAAGGACUUUGACUGCUGCUGCCUGUCCCUGCAGCCUUGCCAUGAUCCUGUUGUCACCCCCGACGGGUUCUUAUACGAAAAGGAAGCCAUCCUGGAGUAUAUCCUGCACCAGAAGAGGGAGAUUGCGCGGCAGAUGAAGGCCUACGAGAAGCAGAAGGGGGAGCAGCAGGCGGAGCGGCGCGAGCUGAGCCGGGCGGCUGCCCAGGAGCAAGUGCGCGGCUUCCUGGAGAAGGAGACCGCCAUCGUCACCAAACCCCUCAACCCUUUCCAGCGGCGGCCGGCGGGGACCGGCGACAGCGAGCCGGGCCCCAGCACCACCUCCGCCCCCGAGGACAAGGACAAGCAGCUGCCCAGCUUCUGGAUCCCCUCGCUCACCCCGGAGGCCAAGGCUUCUCGCCUGCAGAAACCCUCUCGGGCGGUGCUGUGUCCGAUGAGCGGACGGCCCCUGCGCCUCAACGACCUGACGCCCGUCCGCUUCACGCUCCUGGACGGCUCCGUGGACCGCGUGGGCCUCAUCACCCGCAGCGAGCGCUACAUCUGCGCCGUCACCCGCGACAGCCUCAGCAACUCCGUGCCCUGCGCCGUGCUGCGGCCCUCGGGAGCGGUGGUUACCCUGGAGUGUGUGGAGCGGCUGAUCCGCAAGGACAUGGUGGACCCCGUCAACGGGGCCAAGCUGACGGCCAAGGACAUCAUCGUGCUGCAGCGGGGAGGCACGGGCUUUGCCGGCUCUGGGGUGACCCUGGAAGCGAAGAAAUCUCGUCCCGUGAUGCAGGCCUGAGGGCCCCAAGGAAAGAGGCAAUAAAGCUGUGCUGCGCUACA